AUGGCGAGUGUCGGGCUCUCCCUCUCCGGCCAGCCGUCCGCGCUGGCUCCCGGGCCCUGCGGCAGCGGCGGCGCAGGGACCGCGCGCCAGCUCGACUUUUCCACCAACCUGCUCCUCGGGGGCGGCGGGGCCGACAGCGAGGAUGAGGACCUGUUCGGCGCAAAGAGCCGCCAGGCGGCCGCCGAGCUGGGAGCGCAGCACGCGGCAGCACGGACCCUCCCAUCUGGCUCGAGUGAGGUCGAGGCCGCGUCGCCUGGCCUGCUCGAGAGCGGCCCGCCUGCAUCGGCUGCGCCGGCUGCGAGCGCCGUCUCGCAGGUGCCGAGCGAGCCGCCUGCUCCCAAUACCGAGCAAGUGACGACUCCAAGCCCUCCUCGUGCGCGCGACCUCGCCCCGAGUGCGGCCACCUCCGUUGGGGAUGUCGCUCCACGCGCGGUCGACGCCGUGCCAAUCACGCCGCCCGCACGCCAAGAGCAGCAGCGGGCAACCUCCUCCGCUCCUCUGCCUCCGCGCCCGGCAGCGCCGCCGGACCGCGUCUUGGCCUCGGCGCCAGGGGCCAUGCCGCCGCCCGCGCCGCGCCUGACGCCGCAGCCCGUCUCGCUCGGAGGGGGCGCGGCGCUGACGCGGCGUCCGCUGGGCGGGCAGCUGACGAGCCUGAUUGGAUCGGGCGCCUUUGGGCCAGCGCCCACUCCUGCGCUCAGCCCGCAGCUCGCAUCGUCGCGCCUUCUGGCGGCGCCCGCACGCAGGGCCGGCUCUUCCCCGCUUGUGCACGGCCCGCUCCAUGCCGCACCACCCGAGGCAGUACCGGGUGGCGAGCGGGAGCGCAUCGGCACCGGCGCUGCGGCGACUUCCCCCGUCCAAGCACGCAUCGGUCUCUCGCCCGAGUCCGCCGAUGGCGCGGGCAUCAGCGACGGGGCUCAGCGGCUCCAGAUAUCGCCUGCGACGCUGAAGCUGAGCAAGCAGUCGCGCGAGCAGGUGCCGACGCUCAACAAGAUGAAGCAGCAGCUGCACCGGUUCCAGACGCAGUUUGCGCAGAUGACCAACGAAGCGCUGCUCGAGGCACGCUCCAGGGAGGUGUGGGCGUGGGACCCAGAGACUGAGUACGCGAUGCAUCGCCUCCGCGAAGAGCUCCUGGCAGUCAAGCAGGCCGAGCACGACGCCGACGCCAACAGCGACGACCCGAUGGACAUCGAUGACGAGGCCCCGGUGCACGCUCAGCUCACCAAGGAGCUGGAGAUGCGCAGCCCCUCUGGGGCCGCUGCCUCGAGGAUGGAGACCGAGGCGCCAUCGCCGGCCGCUUCGUGUUCGGCUGCGAGUACCUACUCCUCCUCCACGUGAUUCGCACGACACUGGCGCAACCGUCGGCCGCAGCCCGAGCGCCGCGGGGAACGCGGGAAGCGUCGAACGAUUCAGGGGAAGAGCCAAAGGUGUGA